AUGGCGAGGCUUGCUGUGAAGCAAUAUACCACCAGCGGUAGCCAGACCAUUCAGAGUGACGAGAAGGCUCAAUCGGCGUCUUCAAGCGAUGCGUCUCGGUACUUUGGCAACCGCACGCACAAGAAGAUAUGCUCCGGCUGCGGUUUGCCUAAUUUGUUGCCGGCGCCUCGAUGCAUUGCUUGUGGUAAGGUCGUGUCAGAUAGGGACAUAAGGCCGGUCGGCCAACACGAUCCUCUAAUAGAAGCCGUGAUGGUGGCCAAACCCACACUGGCAGCGAAACUCAAACAGAAUUAUAGACCGCAGAGGUUGAGUCGGUUGUAA